AUGGCCGAUCUUCCAUCUUUUACUACGCAAAUCAUCACUGGUACUGUUCUAGGUACUGCUCUGAUAGCUUAUGGAUGGUCUCGGUUGUUCUCUACCCCACAAACUCGCUUCAACUAUGAAUUAAUGUGGCAAACAGAUGCUGAUCAUAAAUCAAAAAUGCAUCUCAAUAUCCGAGUAUCCCAUAAGGACCCGCCUUUGGAAGAAACAAUGGUGACCUCAAAAGCUUUUCUUUAUCCCAAUACCUUUGUCUGGGGCGAGGAGCCAACAGAGCAAAGUAAGACAAGUCUGAAUAUACGGAAGGAGAUGGAGAUAUUGGGUCUGCAAAAGUUUGUGACGGAAGUGGCAAAGGAAACAGAAAACGAGAAAUCUAUGGGUGGUAGGCAACUGAUUGAAGACACCACAGCUGCCAAUCCCACGGAACAAUAA